AUGGGCGUGAAAGGACUCUGGCGCAUCCUGCAGGAGGCUCAGGAGGACGUGCCCCUCGAACAGCUUAGGAAUUCCGUGCUAGCUCUAGAUGCUUCGGGCUGGGUCGUCAACAUGGGGCUCAGAUCCUUCUUCUAUCGCGUAAGGAACCUCGUACGGGCGGGCAUAGUGCCCCUUGUCGUCCUGGACGGAAGAGUGCCACAGGAAAAGCUGUCAGUCGUCGCCGAACGCAGAUGGAAGACUUUACGGUACAAGGCCAGAAGGCUCUCGUACGCUCAGAGGAAAAAAAUGCAUGAGGAUCCGUGCACCAUCAGGCCAACAGCUGCACUUACCCAGGUGCUGAAGGGGUUGGGCGCACCUGUCAUACGGAGCGAAGGCGAGGCUGAGAAACUGUGUGCUUGGCUAGACCAGAGGGGGGUUGUGGACGGCGUGAUCUCCGGCGACAGCGACGCGCUCCUCUACGGCGCCGGGACUGUGUACCGACAAGUGUGUACGCGGCCAGGCGGAGUGUGCAAGAGGAUACAAAGCCGCGAUGUGAGGGCGUGGUGUGGACUGUCCAGAUGGUCGCUGAUCGGCGUGGCCGCCCUCCUCGGCUGCGACUUCCUCCCGGCCGGCGUCCGGGGCGUCGGGCUCACCAAGGCCCUGAAGCUCCUCCGUCAGGCAGAUCCUCGGAACAAGCGAGAUCUACGUGAGUUUCUCAAGCCGUUCUUCCAAGGCCAAGAUCGGAAGCACUUGAAUCUGGUGCUGGACGAGUUCCUCACGCCCCCCGCCCUCUGGGACUUCGUGCACACCGAGAUGCUGGAGCCAGACAUCUACGCCUUUGCGGAAGUAACAAACAGGCAGUGGGGAUGGUCACCAAAGCAGAGCUUAAUUGCCAUUGCGCCCGUGUUGAUUAGAUGGCAUCUUGAAGGCGAAGAGACCCGAGGCGUAGAAAUUACUCCAGUGUCUUCCAAAGGCAUCUCGACGACCUGCGCUGAAGGAAGGGGCCUUCGCAGUGGCAAGUCUGACGAGUUCGAUCCCGAGGAGCAAAGUAUUCGAGUAAUAGCAAAGCUAGAGGGAGAGGACAGUGAAAAGAGCAACUGCCACACAGCAAAGGCCGAAGGCACACUGGCCGAGGUGGAGGCAGGGAAAGAAAGUGAAAUUCCCAGUUGCUUAACUGUGUUUUGGCGAUUGCGAAGUCACGGCAUUGAGGUGAGAGUUAGGACUGUUGAGGCGCUAGAAAGCAUUCUAAUAGUUUAUGCUGUAAAGAGAAUUGAAAAUGUUUAG